AUGUUCGCCCCUCUGUUGAUACUGUCUCUGGGUUUAUGUGCCUCCGCUGCCGCCCUCAACCGUCGGGACACUAUCAACUGCACGACCAUACACACCGGCCCUCUGGGGCUAUUCUCUACCAACCAAACCGCUGCACCGCUCAAUCCCGCCGGUGUCAAUGCCUCUUUGUACUUCUGGGAUACCAAUCAGGCGGUCCUCGUAGAGGGAGGUGUCGCUCCGGAAUUUGAGUUCCAACGUUGUGAUAGCGAGUACAUGGGUUAUCACACAGUGUUCAACGGCUCAACGGUGACGAGUUACGGACAUCUUGUUCCCGUCGCAGAAGAGGCCUACUCGUGCAUCUUUGGCGGAAUAUUCCUCAUUGCAAUGAAUUCAGCUUGUUACUAUACCGAUGAUUCUAGUCAACAAGAAUUGUAUUGGGCUCUAACCAACGACACUCUAUCGAACACACUAUCAGUCUCUUUCGUCGGUGUCACUGCCAACGGGACAGCUUUAAACUACGAGGACGAUUUGUCGUACUACUAUGCCAUUGGCUCCUACCAAAAUCAAUCGGCCAUUUUGGCUGUGGGUUCGCCGGAGCCUAAUGCCACGUCACCGUACGAGCUGCGCUUUUUUAACUAG